UCAACAAAACUCACACCCGUACCUUUUGUGUCGUCGUUAGGUGAAUGCAAAAAGGCAGCCAAGAUUCUCAACUCUUUUAUUGAUCCAGGAACUGGUUUGGUCGACAAGGUGAUUCCAGCAUCCAUUCUAGAGAAAGCCCAAGGUCUAGCGAUUUUCACUGUGCUCAAAGCCGGUUUUCUUUUCUCUGGCAGAGCAGGCAGUGGCCUUGUCGUGGCUAGCUUGGUCUGCACCAUCGGCCAUCGGAACUGCCGGUGCUGGUGCUGGUGGCCAAAUAGUCAAUUCGGUAACAUUACUCUUGGCGGUAACGUUUCGCUCGCCGCUGGCCCAAUUGGUCGCAACGCCGAAGCUUCUGGUUCAGCAUCCCUUAAACACAUUGCAGCUGUAUAUUCAUACAGCAAGACACGAGGUCUUUUCGCAGGUGUUUCGCUGGAAGGAUCUGUUAUAUUGACUCGCAAUGACGCAAAUGAAAAGUUUUACGGAAGACGUGUUACAGCCAAGGAAUUAUUGAACGGAAGCGUUGCACCGCCCACUGACGCCGAUCCACUGUAUCGUGCUCUUGGUGCAAAAUUCAACUCGCUUGGCAAUAUUCAUGCAUCUGUGUACAACCGUAACCGAGGGAAUGGUGAAGAAGGUGACGAAAACGGCGGUGGGUCCAACAGUGGUCCUGUGUAUCGAUCCACGACCAUUUCAAAACCGGGUACGCUCCGUGCCCCUCCGAUCAACCGACAAGUCAACUCACCACCUGCCCCACGGACUUAUGGCCCUUCUUCGACUCAAAAGCCAUACUCACCGCCGCAAGGUCCACCAAGCUAUAGCAGCCCUCCUCCGCCUCAACAACAACACUAUUCAUCACCACCACCGCCGCCAGCUGCUCCACGGCGACCUCCACCGGCUCCCAAAGUCUCGGAACCUGUGGCUAGGGCGUUAUAUGCAUACAAGGGAGAUCAGCCUGGUGAUUUAAGUUUUGAAGAGGGUCAAAUCAUCACCAUUGUUGAGAAAACAGAUAGUCAGGAUGAUUGGUGGACUGGAAGAAUAGGCAAGGAACAGGGAUUGUUUCCGGCUAAUUAUGUGCAAUUAGAAUAA